UGGAUAGUAGAGAUAGGUAAGAUUUGGAGAAAUAAGAGGGGAAGAAGUGGUGGGAGGUAUAAAUUUUAGAAAUUUGGGAAAAUUAGAGAAAUGAGGGGAGAUAGAGGGGGUUAGAGGUGUUUAUUGGAGAUGGAUUUGAAUUUUGAAUACGGAGAUUAGGAUUAGACAAUUAUAUGAAGCAUAAAAGUUUGAUAUUUCUAAAUCUGACGUAAAAAAUUAAGGUAAGAAAUUGAUUUCUUACUAAUUUUUCAAUUAUUAUCUCCUCAGCUUUCUACAUAUCAGCUUACUAAGUAUUUUAAUUACUUCAAAAAUGCAUUUCAGGCUAUUAAAUUAUAACACCUUAUUCUACCAUCUCCUUUAGGUUCCGUUCUGCAUUAAUAGGUUUUUACGAAAAUUUCACUGGAAGAGAUCUUUGGACAAUUUCAAGCACAUUAUGAAAUUUCUUAAAUUUUUUUAAAAGUUCCAACGUCUCAAAUAAUAUUAUAAUACAUCUCUGGUCUUGAUAACGCACUAGUCCCUUAUUUUCUAUUUCCUUUCAGGGUUCUGCCAGGUUCUACAGUAACUUUUCCAGACUUUUCCCUAAGAAAGAAAAACAUUAUUGGAAGUCAUUAUAAAACUGCUGAUUAUAAUCUUUUCAAAAAAUGUGGGAAAGUUCUUAAGGAUCGCAGCUUCUGGGCUUCAUGAGUUCAAAAGAAAUUUGUAUAAAAAUAACAUUUUGAAAGUUAGUUUCACUGGCCACCGCGGUGAACAUUUUCUUCCUCAUAUCUAAUGCUUACAUAUAGGGUUGAUAAUAAGAAUUAUUCGGAGAGUUCUAGUGACGAUGAAAAGUGUAGCUUCAGCUGCAAGCAAAUUGCACUUUUCAGAGAGCAAAAUAAAAUGUUCUCCCUCAAGACUUUGAGAAAAGAUCCUUGAGACAAAAUAAACAAGUUCUCAACAUUAAGUCAGAAUUUCAUGGCUGAAAGAAAUCAGGGAGGAAAUGUUGCCAAUCUUAAAGCUCCUUCACGAAAUAGAAGAAGAAUAAGACUAUUUUCGCAUGAAACGAAACCUCAGGGACGAAACGAUACCUUAGGAAUAAGAAAGUUCCAGUCAAUUAAGUAUUCUCCACAAAAAAUGAGAAUUAAGAUAUCUAGAGCAGGAGACUCUGGAAGUGAUUAUGAUUCCCCGAAGAAAUUAAGGUUUAGAAGAGCACUCAGCCCAAAAGUGCAAACUCUGUCUUUUAAUAUCAGAGGUUCUCCAAAGAAGAAGAUACUGGCUAAGAAUUCUGAUCUCUCUAUUGUUCUUACAAGAGCUCCAAACUUGAAGAGCAAGAGCGACCCUUCCCCUUUGAUGGGAAAUUUCGAUUCUAAAUUUUUGACUGUAAUGGAUCCUAAUAAACAUAUCAAAAGAGAGAGAAUCGAUAGUAGUGCCACAAAUUGUUCUUCUUUUACCCCUAAUUCUCCUGCUACUAUCAUGAAAAGGAUCGGAUCCCCAGUUAUUCAAAGGAGAUAUCUUGGAGAGAUCAACCAAAAGCAGCUAGUAAAGAUAGAUCUCCACUCUAAGAAGAUGCCUAACAUUCAUCUUUCAAGAGGAGAUUCUGUAAAACCUCAGAGAAAAGUUCCGAACUCAAAGGACUUCCAGAUGAGAGUGAGAGAUAUCAUGAGAAUGUGUGAAAACUAGCUCUAUUAUUAGCCUGUUUAAUGGCAUUAAUUAGCUAUUUACGAGAACAUAUUUCUUGUAUAAUCCAUUUUAUUUACGGAGAUCAUUUCAAUA